AUGCUGCUGUCCCUGGUGCUCCACACGUACUCGAUGCGCUACGUGCUGCCGGCCACCGUGCUCCUGGGCACGGCUCCCACCUACGUCCUGGCCUGGGGGGCCUGGAGGCUGCUCUCCUGCUUCCUGCCCGCCCGCUUCUACCAGGCUGUGGACGACCGGCUCUAUUGCAUCUACCAGAGCAUGGUGCUCUUCUUCUUCGAGAACUACACCGGGGUGCAGAUAUUGCUAUAUGGGGAUUUGCCAAAAAAUAAAGAGAAUAUAAUAUAUUUAUCAAAUCAUCAAAGCACAGUGGACUGGAUUAUUGCCGACAUUUUGGCCAUCAGGCAGAAUGCUCUUGGACAUGUUCGCUAUGUGCUAAAAGAUAGAUUAAAAUGGCUUCCAUUGUAUGGGUGCUAUUUUUCUAAGCAUGGAGGCAUCUAUGUAAAACGAAGUGCCAAAUUUAAUGAAAAGGAAAUGAGAAACAAACUGCAGAGCUACAUGAUCACAGGAACUCCAAUGUUUCUUGUGAUUUUUCCAGAAGGAACAAGGUAUAAUCCAGAAAUUACAAAAGUCCUUACAGCUAGUCAAACAUUCGCUGCUCAAGAAGGCCUUGCAGUAUUAAAACAUGUGCUGACACCAAGAGUAAAGGCAACUCAUGUCGCUUUUGAUUCUAUGAAGAAUUAUUUAGAUGCAAUUUAUGAUGUUACAGUGGCUUAUGAAGGGACUGUAGACGAUAAAGGGCAGAGAAAAGAAGCACCAUCAAUGACUGAAUUUCUCUGCAAAGAAUGUCCAAAAAUUCAUAUUCACAUUGAUCGAAUAGACAAAAAAGAUGUCCCGGAAGAACAAGCAUAUAUGAGAAGAUGGCUUCAUGAACGUUUUGAAAUUAAAGAUAAGUUGCUUAUAGAAUUCUAUGAUUCACUGGAUCCGGAAAGAAGAAACAGAUUUCCUGGAAAAAGUGUUAAUUCCAAACUAAGUCUUAAGAAGACUUUUCCAUCAUUAUUGAUCUUAAGUGGUUUGACUGUUAGUAUGCUUAUGACAGAUGCUGGAAGGAAACUGUAUGUAAAAACAUGGGUAUAUGGAACCUUAAUUGGCUGCUUAUGGGUUAGUAUUAAAACAUAAAGAAGUAGUUAUCUCCAAUCAGUGGAUGGGCUUCACUGUCUCUUUAUGAUAGCUGCACAUGACAUCAAAUUGUUCAUUGAAUUUGCUAAGAAGUGUAAAUAAAGCCUUGUUGAUUGA